CCGAGUCAUUCGCCAUUGAAGACCGCGAAUUGAAGGUUAUAAAUGCAUGGUUUCAUGUCCCAGCAACCAGACUGACCCGAAGAGCAUAGAAAGAUAUAUAUAUAUAUAUAUAUGUAUGUACUUGAAAACAAAGCCAUUUGAUCAGGGGAAAUGGACCAGAACAAGGUAGAAGAAGAGCCAGUAACAGUGCUUCAAGGAGAUGGCUUCUAUUUUGACAGGCUGUUUCUAAGGGAUUCCUCCCCAGGGCAGUCUUUUCGUCUGUAUUACCGGGAUGCUCAAGGCGUCCCAUUUCAAUGGGAGAUGCAGCCGGGGACGCCCAAGAACCUGCCUGAAAAGGAGCCGGUUCCACCCCUCACCCCUCCACCGGCACUGCAGGGCUUGGGGCUGCCGACGCCUAGUUGUGUCGAGCAGCCCAAGGACUCCAACCGAUGGAAACCGGUCAGCCGGCUGUGGAAGAGGUGCAAGAAGAUACUGUUCAGUGAGAAAUUUGAAAGCUCAGAGUUAUGCCAGUGUGAUGGAAAAUUUAUAGCCUCAGCCUAUAAUCCAAGUUCUGAAUCUUCAUCUUCGUCAAUGCCCUGCUCAGAUCGCCAUCCUUCAGAGUCCCCGGAGUUCGAAAAGGAUCCUCUACAUGGACCUUUUGUUUGCAGCCCUGCUGACAUCACAUCGGUUGAUAGAUUCUUGGCUAGCAAAAUCAUGUCGAGAAAUUCCUCAGCAGGUCAGUCUUCACAUUUGUAUUACCAGCUCGCAGAAGGGGUUCCAUUUACGUGGGAAACGAUGCCCGGAAAAUCCAGUGAGCCGGUGCAGCAAGAAGCCAUUCCGCCCCCCAAUCCUCCACCGGCAGUGCAAGGCCAUAGUCUGCCUAGGCCAUGUUUCGAGCAGGACAUGGAGGCCCCACCAAGAUUGAUCUGGUUUUGGAAGAGAAUUAAAAUUAACUUCAAGCUUCAGAAAAGCAGGAAAAUUGACAAUACCGUGCCCUUGAGGUUUCCUAGCUGGGAUUCUUCCGGGUCUGAUCAGGACUUUGUGUCGUUGCUUCGCGAUUCAAGCUCUUCGUCGUCGUCGUCGUCCUCCUCCUCCUCCUCCAACAGUUCCUCUCUCUUGGAGCUGUCAAGGUCCGGGAAGUACUCGCAGGAUCAGUCCUACGGCUGCACUCCUUGGAAUGUGAGAGCCGGUCUUGUCGGUCUAGGAAGAAGGCUUUGACGUCACCUUGUAUUUAUUAAACUGGUUCCUCUUUGAUGUUAUAUAUAUUAUUAUUAUUUACUGCUUCAACGUGCAUGCUUGCUUUACAAUGCCAAGUGGUAUUUAAUUGAAG